AUGGCCCAUCAGAAAGGAGUGAACCUGACCGACGUCAAGGUGAAUGACACACAGGAGUUCGCUCAGGUGAGACCCCACCAGGGAGGCAGCCUGGAAGACGUGUGGCAGGUCAGGAGCAGCUGUGAAUCGGGUCGAAUUGUGGCUCUGAAAUGCUCAGGCAUUAUCAGCCAUGGCUCAAUCAAUCAGGAGGCCGGGGCGUCAGUAGAGAAAAUAAUUUACCACCCGCUUUACGAUGGUAACAGCCUCGACUAUGACAUUGCUCUAAUGAAGCUGCAAGUCCCUCUGAAUUUCUCAGACGCCGUCCGUGCCGUGUGCCUGCCACCCUCCCACCAGGACCUCUUCCAGGGCGCGCAGUGCUGGGUCUCCGGCUGGGGCUACACCAGACCAGACCAAGCACAGGUUACGGAGACGCUGAAGGAAGCCCUCGUUCCCUUAAUCGGCACCAAGAGGUGCAACAGUUCGUGCAUGUACGCCGGCGAGCUCACGGCCAGGAUGCUGUGUGCCGGCCACCCGCGGGGGAAGAUAGACGCGUGCCAGGGUGACAGUGGGGGCCCCCUGGUUUGCCGGGAUGAAUCCGUGUGGCGCUUAGUCGGCAUCGUGAGCUGGGGCCAGGGCUGUGCUGAACCCAACCGCCCCGGGGUCUACACCAACGUGGCUCAGCUUCUGCCGUGGAUUUACCGCACCACCGAGUGCGACUGUCGCCCCUCCCCGUGCCGGUGGAAGCCAGAAACAGAAGGCACCAGCCGUGGCUGUGCUCGGCGGGCCCGGCAGGCAGAGCGGCCUCCCAGGCCUGCAGGGGCUCGGGUGCAGCGUGAGCGCCGGCGGUGA